AUGAUGAAUAAUCUUGUCAAUGUGUCACUACCCGAUUUGACUGCUAUACAAAUGGACACACCUGUACUUUACCUCGACCCUCGCGUCCUCGAUUACUUCCUGGUGUUCAACAUGGUUGUCUGCGGCACCAUCGGGAUCCUCGGAAUCUGCGGUAACGUGAUCAACAUCCUCAUCUUCUACCGACAGGGCUACAACGACAGCGUCAACAUCACCCUCACCUCCCUGGCUCUCAGCGACACGGGGGCGCUGCUCACCCUGCAGGUGUUCCACGUCAUGAUCAACCCUUGGUUCCCGCAGACCGACCUUGACAUUAACGCGCGAGACCUGGUCAUGAUGGUGUCGUUCUACCCGCACAACUACUUCAUACGGGUGUGCGGCUUCGUCACCGCAUUCGCCUCCCUGGAAAGAUGCAUUUGUGUGGUCAGCCCAUUGAGAGUCAAACGCAUCAUCAACACCAAAACAGCUAUAGCUAUUAAUUUUUUUAUCUUUAUAUUCACCGCUUUAAAUUUAGUCCCCCCAUAUUACAUUGGUUACUUAGAUUGGGUGGUUUUCCCUAACACAAACCGAUCCAUUGUAACGGUAAUUUAUCGUCAGAAUCCUUAUGUUGUUUUUUAUGUAUCGUACAUCAUUACAGAUCUUCUAGCGCCUUACGCUACGUUUCUUAUUAUACUUAUAAGCACUUCUAUCAUCGCUGUGAAACUUAAAAACCAGGCGAAAUGGAGACAGACUAUGGUGAAAUCAGCGACCAACAUCUCUAGUAAAGAGAAAAAGACGGUGGUCAUGCUGUCUACAAUCUCAAUCGUGUUUGUCGUCUGCUUAAUUCCGCAGUCCACCAUCCUGACAGCCAUGAGCUUCGUGCCGGAUUUGAGCUACGGCGGGCGGUAUUUUGACGUCACGACCCUGGGGUACUGCGUCUCGUACCUGUCGGAGACUGUCCUCUCCAGUGUCAACAUUCUGGUCUAUCUUAGAAUGAGCCAGAAGUAUAAGGAACAUUUUUUGCUUAUUUUUAAAUUAGAUGGUCUAUCUUAA